CCGCCGCCGGCGUCUUCCUGCGCACCACGCCGGCGCUGCUCGUGCGCGACCCGGACGUCGUCGCCGCCGUGCUCGACACCAACUUCGCCUGCUUCGCCGACCGGCACAUGAGGACCCGCGACAGCGACUCCUUGCUGCGCGCCAACGACCUGUCGCUGAUGCCGGGCGGCGACGGGCGCUGGGCGUCCCUGCGCGGCCGGCUGGCGGCGGCCGUGUUCGGCGACGCGCGCACCGAGGCCGCCUUCCCCAGCCUGGCCGCCGUGGCGGGCCGCCUCGCGGACUCGCUGCGCCGCGCCGCCGGCAUCGUCGACGUGCACGACUACGCCACGCGCUUCGCCAUCGACAUCGCGGCCUCCGCCGUCUUCGGACGACCCUGCGACGCCCUCGCACGUCCCCAGAACGAUUUCUCGCGCUGGGUGAAAGACAGGAAGAACCCGCUGGCGGAGUACUUCCUGGAGGCGAUGGUGAUGGACACGGUCAACUACCGAGCUCUCACGGGCACUCGCCGCGCCGACUACCUCCAGCUUCUCAUCGAUGCCACCAAGAGCAGCACUCAAGAUGGAGUUCGGUUCAGACCGCGGCAACCGCAGGGCCCAGCGGCCACGGUGGCGGAGGCUGCGGGCCCUGCCGAGAGCUUCCGGCUGGGCGGCGUGGAGCUGCGCGCGCUGCCCGUCUGGUACCUGGAUUCCGGCGUCGAGACGGUCGCGUCGGCGCUCGCCUUCUGCCUGCACGAGCUGGCGCUCGACACGCCGGUCCAGGCGGCGGUGCGCGCCGAGGUGGACGCCACCCUGCGCCACCACGACGGGCAGCUCAGCUACGCCGCCGUCAAGCACCUACCCUACCUGGACACCGUGAUCGCCGAGACGCUGCGGAAGUACCCGCCCGUGGAGACGGUGACGCGCGUGACCAACGGCGAGUUCCAGGUGCCGGGCUUCUCGGCGACGCUGCCGCGCGGCACGCUGGUGCUGGUGUCCGUGCUGGGCCUGCACCGCGACCCCGCCUACUUCCCAGACCCAGACCGCUUCGACCCCGACCGCUUCCGCGAAGACGUCCGCAGGCGCCGCCAUCCCUACGUCUACCUGCCUUUCGGCGCAGGGCCACGGGCUUGCUUCGGGAACGAGCUUGCUUUGCUGAUCCUGAAGAUGGCGGUAGCUGCAAUUCUUUCAGAGGUGGAACUUCGAGUAUGUUACCGAACCAAGAUGCCACUCAGGAUUGAUCCUACACGCAAGAUCAUGACACCGAAGGGUGGAGCAUGGCUUAACGUUCUUCCCCGGGACUGAGUUUGUGCCUUAACAAGGAGGCUACAACAAAGAUAGAAACGACAGAGCAUAAAGCCAUGUCACUCCAUCAAAUGUGUUAAAAGUCAAAUGUUUUAUGUAACUUGUCCAAACUGAAUUGCAUUCAAUUUCUACGGUUUAAUCAUAAA